UAACGGUACCAGUAGUGUGGUAGCGCUACCUCACAACACAUGUAUCACUCUCCAGCCAGCGUCCGUCAAGGUCUCCCGUGGAAUAUUUAAUUAACACGAGUCAAGAUGAGGGAAUACAUUUAUGGGAAACAAGGAGAUACAACACCGGUGUCUUUCCACAUCCCACGACUGGAAGUAAACAAUGACAAUGAACAUAAAGGUGAACGUAUGUCCAUAGUGACGGUGAACACUAUAGGUAGCAGUAACUACCAGAGUAUUAAAGGAAGUAGCCAGUACCAUGACUCGAGCAGUACCUCGCUGGUCUCCACCAGAACCUACUUAUCCAGGUUCUGGAUACUGUUUAUCUUCUCUCUCGUAUGCUGGUUUCAUGGCGUGCAGUGGAACACUUGGGGUCCCAUUGCUGAGAGUAUGGAGGCAGCGUUCCCUGGUUGGGGGCCCUCAACUGUGGCCAUGAUGGCCAACUGGGGCACUAUAAUGUUCGUGGUGUUUGUGCUCCCCGUGUGCUGGGCCAUCCAGAGGUGUGGCCUGAGAGCUGGUGUGGUCAGUAGUGCUGCCCUCAUCUUCCUGGGCACUGCCCUAAGAUGUAUAACUAGUACCCCUCCUGUGUUUACUGUUAUGUGUCAUAUAUGUGCUAUCCUCAUGGGAAUAUCCAGUACGCUGAUCUUGGCCGCCCCUGUACUUAUAGCUUCAGAUUGGUUCCCACUCCAGGAGCGAACCACAGCAGUGGCUGUGAUGAUGGGUGCCAGCCAGCUGGGACUAUUAGGCAGCUACCUGGAACCUCUACUAGUACGUCUACCUUCACCACAAGUUAAUAUUGACGAUACACGAAGGGAUGUCACGCACCUCCUCUAUUUAGGAGCUGGUUUAGCUGGUUUAUUGCUACUGGCAGUAUUAAUAUACUUUCCCUCUAAACCACCCACUCCACCAUCUGUCGUGUCGUCUACUGACCGUCUCGACUUUAUCCCUGGUUUGCUGUCUAUUAUCAAGAACAAGCAGUUCAUAAUAUUGCUGGUAGCAUAUGGAGUAAGUGUUGGUCCACCAGUAGCCUGGAUGACGGUCCUGGAUUACUCUCUCCUGCCUCUGGAAUUCCACCAGGACCAGGCUAUGGGGAUAGGCAUCAGCACGGUGAUAGUAUCCAGCCUAUCACCAGUGAUAGCAGGAAGGAUCAAUGACCUUAUCCAGGGACACUUGAGAACCAUAACAUUUAUCCUCAUGUUAUCCACUUCUCUCUUCUUCUACUGGUUCCUCCUCAUUUCUUAUCGAGUUCUUACGCCUUCGACGUGGCAGGUAUACUUCUCGGUGAUAGGUUCUGUGUCUUGUAACUUUGCUACCAUUCCGCUGUUGUUCGAGGUAGGCCUAGACCUGGCCUACCCUGUGCAGGAAAUCUUGGUCUCUGGCGUCAUCGUUCUCAUGGACAACAUAACCUGCGUUAUCUUCUUGCUGGCUUUCUUCAUCCCCAAUGUUGGGUAUCUGUGGAUGACAUAUACACUGGUGUUGUGUACGUCACUGGCCAUGAUGCCACUCAUAUUUGUUAAGUUCGAAUAUACCAGGCUCAACAUUGACACCUCCAAAAAUUAAGAUCAGCUGAGUGUAGGCCUACUGUCACCUCUGCCCUGGUGUACACUUGAAGAAUUACUGGCCCAUCUGAGUGUAGGCCUACUGUUACCUUUGCCCUGGUGUACACUUGAAGAAUUACUGGCCCAUCUGAGUGUAGGCCUACUGUCACCUCUGCCCUGGUGUACACUUGAAGAAUUACUGGCUCAUCUGAGUGUAGGCCUACUGUCACCUUGCCCUGGUGUACACUUGAAGAAUUACUGGCCCAUCUGAGUG